AUGUCUGCCGCCACACCCACUGUUGACGGCCUUGCAGUACAGGACUUGACCAACCUGGAUGUCACCAAACUCACACCUCUAUCUCCGGAGGUUAUCUCACGUCAAGCUACCAUCAACGUUGGUACCAUUGGUCAUGUCGCUCACGGCAAGUCUACGGUUGUUCGAGGUCUAUCGGGAGUUAUGACUAUUCGAUUCAAACAGGAGAAGGAGCGUAAUAUCACCAUCAAGCUUGGAUACGCCAACGCUAAGAUAUACAAGUGCCAGAAUCCGGACUGUCCUAGCCCUGGUUGUUACACUUCCCAUGGGUCUGCCUAUCCUGAUCGCUACACUGAUGAGCACGGUGAAUGGGUGGUCGUCCGUCACGUAUCUUUCGUCGAUUGCCCUGGUCAUGAUAUCCUCAUGGCUACCAUGCUCAAUGGCGCUGCAGUCAUGGACGCCGCUAUGCUACUUAUUGCUGCCAACGAGAAGUGCCCUCAACCACAGACCUCGGAGCAUCUGGCUGCGGUCGAGAUCAUGCGACUGCGACACUUGAUCAUACUGCAAAACAAGGUGGAAUUGGUUACCGAGGCUGAGGCUCAGCAGCAAUACGCGGAUAUCCGGAACUUCGUCAAGGGUACUGUGGCCGACUCUGCGCCAGUCGUACCGAUUUCAGCCGUGCUUCGUUACAACCUGGACGUUGUAGCCGAGUACCUUUGCACUCAAAUUCCUGUUCCCGUUCGCGAUUUCACUUCCUCUCCCCAAAUGAUCAUUAUUCGAUCGUUCGACGUUAACAAGCCUGGACAAGAUGCUGAGGAACUCAUGGGAGGCGUUGCUGGUGGCAGUAUCCUCAACGGCGUUCUCAAGGUUGGUGACGAGAUCGAAAUCCGGCCGGGUGUUAUCAGCAAGGACGAUCAAGGCCAUGUUACCUGCCGUGCCAUCAAGACUAAGGUCAAGAGUCUCCAUGCUGAGAAUAACGAGCUGCAAUAUGCCGUUCCCGGAGGUCUUAUCGGCGUUGGUACACAAAUGGAUCCCACUCUCACUCGAGCGGAUCGCUUAGUUGGACACGUCCUCGGCUAUCCGGGCCAUCUUCCUGAUGUCUAUGAUCAGAUCGAGAUCAAGUAUCAUCUUCUCCGUCGCCUGCUCGGUGUGAAGCAAGACACUGAUGCUUCGAAGCAUGGCGAGGGCUAUAAGGGUCCCUCCAUUACGAAGCUGAAGAACAAGGAAAUUCUCAUGGUCAACAUAGGAAGCACUGCCGCUGGUGGACAGAUUGUCGGCACUAAGACUGAAGGUUCGGUGGCGAAGGUCCAACUCGCUGUACCCGUCUGCGCGAAUGUUGGUGACAAGCUGGCCCUGAGCCGACGUAUCGACAAGCAUUGGCGUCUCAUUGGCUAUGGCGAAAUUGUGAAGGGCAAGAUGGUAUCCGGCAAGACCGCUUAGAAAUGGUGAACGAUAAUCGAAGCGUAACCGCGAGUUUCUCCG